CUACACUUACAGGAUGAUAUGGCCUCUGACUGACUGGCAGUAGGCUACACUUACAAGAUGAUAUGGCCUCUGACUUAGUGGCAGUACACGGAGCCUCCGACAGGUGGUGUGUGUGCUUCAUGCUUAAAAAAGGAAAACACAAACUGUACCAGGGAGCCACUUAACGUUAGCUAGCAAAUAAAAUCAUUAUUUUUGAGAUUUGGAAAAUGACAGUUUGUGCAGGAAAUUAACGGAAGCAUCCUCUUUGCAAAGUGUGCCACGUUUGGAUUAUUUGGUUUCAGUCGGUCUUUGAUUUAAACGAGGUGCAGGAGAAGAAAUACUUUCUUGCUUGGGCUCCAGAGCAGUAGAAGCACUUACUCCCAACAGAUCCAGAAAAUGUUAAAGAAAUGAUAGCAGCGCAGGAUUUGCAAACAGAAAUUCAGUUUCCUCAAGAGGCAGACUCACAGUUGUCUUCAGAUACUGACUUUGACGAUCUCGAUGGAAAAAAUGCAAAACCCGGAAAAAGCAUGGCAGCCAAGAAAGGGAGGAGGGGGGCAUUUGGAGACAAGACCAAAGGUGGGGGAGGAGGGAGGAGCCCUGCUAUUGGCUGGGUGAAUGGCCACCAUCAGGCAAAUGGGAUGAAGAGUAUGACCCUGUUUGAGGUGGUUAAAAUGGGGAAGAGCGCUACACAGUCUGUUGUUGACGACUGGAUCGAGGCAUACAAACAUGACAGAGAUAUUGCUCUCUUGGACCUGAUCAACUUCUUCAUUCAGUGCUCUGGCUGUAAAGGUGCUGUGAGUGCUGAGAUGUUUAGCCAUAUGCAGAACUCCGAAAUCAUCCGAAAAAUGACGGAGGAGUUUAAUGAGGACAGCGGCGACUACCCGUUAACUCUGUCAGGGCCACAGUGGAAGAAAUUCAGGAUUAGCUUCUGUGACUUCAUAUCAGUUCUGGUACGUCAGUGUCAGUACAGCAUAAUCUACGACGAGUAUAUGAUGGACACCAUCAUCUCGCUGCUCACAGGCCUUUCUGACUCACAAGUCAGAGCGUUCAGACAUACAAGCACACUAGCAGCUAUGAAGUUGAUGACGGCAUUGGUGAACGUUGCCCUAAACCUGAGCAUCAAUAUGGACAACACACAGAGACAGUAUGAGGCAGAGAGGAACAAGGUUGUUGCAAAAAGGGCCAACGAUAGGCUGGAGCUACUGUUACAGAAGCGUAAAGAGCUUCAAGAAAAUCAAGAUGAAAUCGAAAACAUGAUGAACGCAAUUUUCAAAGGAGUCUUUGUUCACAGAUAUCGUGACGGCAUUGCUGAAGUUCGAGCUAUUUGUAUCGAGGAGAUUGGCGUGUGGAUGAAGUUGUACAGUGACGCCUUCCUCAAUGACAGUUACCUGAAGUAUGUUGGCUGGACAAUGCAUGACAAGCAAGGUGAGGUGCGGCUGAAGUGUCUGACAGCCCUGCAAGGCUUGUUCUUCACCAGAGAGCUCGGCACGCGACUGGAGCUUUUCACAAGUCGCUUCAAGGACCGCAUCGUGUCGAUGACACUGGACAAGGAAUAUGAUGUUGCUGUGCAAGCCAUUAAACUUCUGACACUUGUCUUACAGAGCAGUGAUGAGGUUCUGACAGCAGAGGACUGUGAGAGUGUGUAUCAUCUGGUUUAUUCAGCACAUCGACCCAUUGCUAUAUCUGCAGGAGAAUUUCUGUUUAAGAAGCUCUUCAGCCAUCGACUUCCUGAGGAGGAGGGAUUACCCAGGAGGGGCAGGCAGAGCCUCAAUGGCAGCCUUAUCAAGACUACAGUCUUCUUCUUCUUGGAGAGCGAGCUUCAUGAACAUGGGGCCUAUUUGGUGGAUAGCCUGUGGGAGUGUGGGUCAGAGCUGUUGAAGGACUGGGAGACUAUGAUCAGCCUGCUGCUGGAUGAGCCCAUGCCAGGGGAGGAGGCACUGAGUGAUCGGCAGGAGACGGCUCUGGUUGAGAUCAUGCUCUGCGCCAUCCGGCAGGCUUGUGAAUGCCACCCUCCAGUAGGCAGGGGCUCAGGGAAGAGGGUCCUGUCUGCAAAAGAGAAGAAAACGCAGCUGGAUGAUCGGACACGGAUCACAGAAAUGUUUGCAGUUGCCCUGCCUCUGUUAUUGGCAAAGUACUGCGUUGAUAUUGAUAAGGUGACGAAUCUGCUACAAAUACCAAAGUACUUUGAUCUGGACAUCUACACAACUGGUCGGUUAGAAAAGCAUUUGGAUGCCUUGUUGCGGCAAAUCUGGGAGGUGGUAGACAAGCACACAGACACUGAGGUCCUGGAGGCUUGCUCUACCACCUAUCAUUACCUCUGCAAUGAGGAGUUCACCAUCUUUAACCGUGUGGACAUCGCCCGCUCCCAGCUUCUUGACGAGCUUGUAGAUAAGUUCAGUAGACUCCUGGAGGACUUCCUGCUAGAGGGUGAAGAACCAGAUGAUGAUGAUGCCUACCAAGUUCUCUCUACGCUCAAGAAGAUCAGUGCUUUCCACAAUGCACACGACCUCUCUAAGUGGGAUCUUUUCACCAGCAACUACCGGCUACUCAGCACAGGCCUGCAGAACGGGGAUAUGCCUGAACAGAUUGUGAUUCAUGCGAUGCAGUGCACACAUUACAUCAUCUUGUGGCAUCUAGCGAAGGUUUCAGACAGCAGUUCAUUGAAGGGUGAUAUGGUGACCUUGAGAAAGCAAAUGAGAGCUUUCUGCUUAAUGUGUCAGCGUUACCUAAACAGCAUCAACACCGCAGUCAAAGAGCAGGCCUUCACCAUACUAUGUGAUCUGCUAUUGAUCUUCAGUCACCAAAUUAUGUCUUCAGGCCGGGAACAACUGGAGCCUCUGGUCUACACGCCAGACUCUUCGUUGCAGGCAGAGCUGCUCAACUUCAUCUUGGAUCAAGUGUUCAUUGACCAGGAUGACGACAACAACAGCACAGACGGGCAGCAAGACGAUGAAGCCAGUAAAAUAGAGGCUCUGCACAAGCGAAGAAACAUUCUCGCUGCCUAUUGCAAAUUAAUUGUUUACAAUGUUGUGGAAAUGAACACCGGGGCAGAUAUAUUUAAACAGUAUAUGAGGUAUUACAACGACUAUGGAGAUAUCAUUAAGGAAACAAUGAGCAAAACAAGACAAAUCGACAAAGUACAAUGUGCAAAGACACUCGUACUGAGCCUGCAAACGUUAUUCAACGAGAUGUUGUCUGAUUUUGGCUUCAAUAUUGACCGAUCAUCAUCAGCCUUCUGUGGCAUUAAAGAGCUUGCUCGGCGCUUUUCAUUGACGUUUGGCUUGGAUCAGUUGAAGACCAGGGAGGCUAUUGCCAUGUUACAUAAGAAUGGGAUUGAGUUUGCUUUUAAGGAACCUAGCCCCCAAGGAGAGGGGAGUCCCCCUCUCAAUCUCGCCUUUUUGGAUGUCCUGAGCGAAUUCUCAAGCAAACUAAUUCGACAGGACAAGAGAACAGUUCACACGUACCUGGAACGCUUCAUGACGUUUCAGAUGGCCCUGCAGCGAGAGGACUGCUGGCUGCCCCUCAUCUCAUACAGGAACUCCCUGCAAGUUGGAGGGGACGAUGACACCAUGUCUGUCAUCAGUGGGAUCAGCAGUCGAGGGUCCACCAGCAGGAGUAAGAAGUCCAAGCCAGCUGCCGCUAGCAAAAGGAAAUUGCCUGAAGCAGAAGAGAACAGCUGCAGCAGCAGUGAUGCAGUUUGGAUGAACCGUGAGCAGAACGUGCAGACGCCAAUGAUGAUGCAUUCACCCCAUCUCACCUCGACUGUAUUGAGGGAUCCAAAGAAGAUGAGACCGGAGGACAGCUACACGGCCGCAUACACCAUGCCAACAGAGCAGCAUCCGCAUCAGACUGUGCCUCUCCAGCAGCUGCCACACCAAAACCACCAGGCUGCCAUUGAUUAUAACACCCAGGUUACUUGGAUGUUGACACAGAGGCAACAAGCUGAGGCCUGUCAGCAGCAAGAGCGGGUUAGCAUGCAUUAUGCCAAGAUGAGGGACCACAUUCAGCAAGCGACUCGCCGAGGCUCCGGACUCAUGGAGGAUGACGAGGAGCCAAUAGUGGAGGAUGUGAUGAUGUCAUCAGAGGACCGAUUGGAAGACAUCAAUGAGGGCAUGGAUUUUGACACAAUGGACAUUGAUCUGCCGGCAUCAAAGAAUCGCAGAGAAAGAACCGAGCUAAAGCCAGACUACUUUGAUCCAUCUUCCAUCAUGGAUGAUUCGGUUCUUAAUGUUUCAAUGUUUUAAUACAAAUUGGAUGCAUCAAGGACAUUGUCAUCAGAAUCCUUGGAAGAUGAUAAGGAAGACUGUUGUCUGAAAAUCAGGAUGGAGCAAAAUGGACUACUAUAAAUGGUUUGUUACACACCAAUGUUUGCCUCUUCAACACUGCGUUAAAACGUAGAGGGAGAGCUUGAAUUUGAAUUUUAUUUAAUUAUUUUCACACACCAGACUUUUGUCACUGCAGGAGAAAUGUUUCUGGUUAUGCUCAGUUGCCCUGAAAACAACUUGAUGUUAGCUUAUACUGAGAUGUAGCAGAUGCUGUCGACAUGUUAUUCUGUUACGGUUAAUAAAAGUACUGACUGUACUUAUGAGGCAGAUGCAUGGUGAGGUGACAAUAACAGACUGAAAUUCAAAUUAAUAAUAUAUACCUUUAAUCGUUUUCAUUCAGUAGACAAAAAUUGUCUGAUGUAAAUAAAUAGUGGCCAAUAUAUGGGAGGUGAGCAGAAUUUCAUGACCACCAGCCCUGGAAAAAAUACUACAAGAAUGAUGCUUAUAGUGUUCACUAUGACACUGCACUUUGUCACAGAGGUGUUCAUUCAACUCGAUGGUAAUUUUACAGCCAUAUUUUCAGAAAUUAUCAUAGCCUCAAAUCAACACCUCUCUGACACAAUCUAAACAGAAACUGAACAUAAUAAGCUUCAUGGAGGCAGCAUUUAUUGCAGGGCUAUUGAAUGGGACUGCAUUACAUUAUAAAGGUGUCAAUGAUACUGUGCUCACCUGCUGUACUUUUCAACUGUAGACUUUGGCAUGGCAUGUAGCCAUAUAUCGAAACAUGUAUACAGUAAAGUAUAAUGUGAACUGGCGUCUCAUACUGUUCAAAGGCCUUGCCACUAAUGAUGUACGGCAUUCUCAGAUUUCUUUGUGAUGGUAUUUUUUAGAAGUGUAUGUGUUCUGCUUUUAUACCUUAUAGAUGACUUUGAUUUAUAGAAAUUUUGUAAAGACAAUCAAAUGUAAAUUAAUGGUUUCUAAUCAUGUUAUUUCACAUAAAUGCUGAAAUAAUCCUUUUUAAUGGAAAUGAUUAUGUUAUUAUACAGUAUAUAUGGCCAGCUGUAUUUUCUUUUCAUCUUCCUACAAGGAAUGGGUGAAAAGGAAAUGCAUAGCCCAAAUGUAGUAAUUUGACAAACUGAUGGCUACAUCUACAAUUAUUUUUUAAUAUCGGGAGCAUUCACAGUGUCACACAUAAAAAUUUGACUCAACUUUAAACAUGUAAUCUCUCCUAUAUCUUGACUAUUUUUCUCCACUAUAUAGUAUCUAAUAUUAUCUAAUAACACAGACAUGCCAUAAUUGCAAUCUUUAAAAGGAAGGAUUCGAAAAACGGUUGAGAUAGGUGUGUUGUUUUUUUGUUGAUCUUUUUUUUUAGUUUCCAAGUGUGCAGAGGGUUUUUUUCAAUCAGCCAUUUUAUUUGGUGUACCACUGUUGUGUGUGUGUAUAAGAGUAAUAGAAUUAUUCUAAAGUUUUAGAAUUCUUUAGCCAACUAUCAUAGUAUCAAAUGUAUAUUAUACAGUUACAAAUGUGUAAUAUAUUGUGAAUCAGUGCUCAUUUUAUAUUUGCAGUUUCUGUUUGCUUGAAACUUUAGGGAAAGGUUAAAGAAAUAGAAUGUAACUAUUUGAUGUUAAUCUACUAAUUUGCAAGUAUACCUACAGUUUUGUUUGUCUUUCAAUGUAUUGUUGCAAUAUUUCUUUACCUCUAUGUAUUGGCCUGGUUGGCAGAACUGCAUUGUAUGGAUAAAAGUGUAUUCAUAUGUUAUUAGAAACAAAUCCCUGAUUUUCUCAAAAUCUCACUAUCAACUGGAGAAACAGAUCACAUGGUCUUAAACAUGCCAUACCAUACCAUAUACAUACAAAAUAUUCACGUUAGGCAAUGAGAAAAAGACAUAGAAGAAUUGCCUGUAUAUUUACAUGAAUCAUUUCACUUUGGAUCUUUUAUGUUUUGCAUCGAACUGCUGAAAAUGUGCAUACAUCUGUAUGUUUACACACAUAUUUAAAUAUUUGUGUAUAUUAAAUUUGUGUUUUUAUUCUAUUUACAAAGUGCCCAUUUCAUCCUUAAGGGUGUGUAUUUAUGUUUGGAGAUGUAACAUGAACAGAAUAAACCCCCUGCAACCGUG